UAUCUGUAUAUAUUUUUUGUUUAUUUUGUAGAUGGAGAUACAUUAUUGAUGUGCCUUCUUCUUUCCGACUCCUACAAAAUAAACAUGAAAGAAGGAAACUGGAUGACCAAAUAUAAUGCUGUUGCCAAAUGUUUUCACUCCAAGGAAAUCUCAAAGCCAUUUGCUAUUACAGAUUUUGAAAAAUACGAACCAAUUCUGAAAAUUAAUGAGUCCGAGAUCAGUUUUUCCAAUGAAUGCUUCAAAGAUAUCAGUUUCUUAAAAUUAUUAAAGAGUCCUAAAAUAAUCAGAGAAGACCGGAAUAAAGUUUAUACAAUAAACACUGCUGAUAUUUUCUUGACUUGGGCAGAAAAAGAAAACAUUGCUGAGUACUGUAGAUCCUGGAAUUAUCAGAGAGGAGAGGAUGAAGUUUGCUGUUGGUUAAUGCCAGAUAAAAAUGAAGAGUUUUUAACACGACUAGAAGAAGACAUUUUCACGAACCCAACAAUGGAGGACCAGUCAUUCCAUGAGGCCGUAUUUAGAAAAUUUGGAAUACCAAUGCAGAUUAUCCUAAGGGGAGACAAAUCAGUGACGAAUUUCAUUGAGAAUUUAAAGAAAGGGAAGACAACCAUGUACCAUGCCUCUGGGAUGAUAAUAGGGUGUGCUGGUAGUGGGAAAACAACAUUGUUAGAGAGACUGAAGGGCAUUGACCUGGAGAAAAUAAAGAAAAAUAUCAGGUCAACUAGAGGAGUCGAUAUCCACACAGAUGUGUUUGAUGUGAAAGAAAGCAUCCAAGCAAAUUCUUCAGGCCAACAACAACGCUUCAAACUUAAACUUGAUAAAAUAGAUUUGCACCAGAGUGUUCCUGAAUCUCAUGCAAAAAAUGCAGCAGAUGAUGAGGAAACACAGGAGAAGAUGGAACCAGAAGAUGAUGAGGGCAGUACGACUGAAGCAUCAAGCAGUGGACAAAUAUCACAAGAUGAUACCGACAUUAACCCUACCUCAUCCCAUGAACCACAGGGGGCCACAUCACCAGAAAAAGUACCAGAAGUUAUGAAUGAAAGAAAAGAUUUUCGUCAUGUUCCAGAAAUUUUUGGAAAUUUACAGAUAGGUGCAGAAGAUAUUUCAGAAGAUCCAGAUAAAAAAAUAUCCAUGACUGACUUUGCAGGACAGUGUUCAUAUUAUGCCUCACACCAGAUUUUUCUGAGUCCUCGGGCGUUCUUCAUUCUGGUGCUGAAUAUGGAGAGGAAGUUUGAUGACAAGGUUGGAGAAGAAGUGUGUUGUCAGGAAGGUUCUGUUUAUGGGGGAUGGACACACAGAGAUUAUCUAGAAUUCUGGAUGAAGUCCAUUCAUCAAUAUGGCAGUGAUAAGGCUCCUGUCAUCCUGGUUGGUACACAUUGUGAGAACAAAACAGAAAAGGAAAAAGAAUUGUUUUUCCGAGAAGUAUGGAAGACUCUUGACAUGAAGAAGAAGUCUUUGCAAAAACAUAUCGAUGUGAAACGGCGAUUUUCGGUCGGAUUCCAUGAGAAUGAAAGCCUUGAAAAACUAAAGAUGUCCAUUGCUGAUGUUGUAUGCAAGCUUGAUCACUGGGGUGAAGAGCUUCCACAGUCAUGGGCUAUGUUUGAAACAUUCUUUCAGGAAAAGAAAAUUCGCAAAAUUUUGAGUAGGGUUGAACUUCAGUCUUUUAAUGAAACAUUGCCAGAGGGAAUAAAGCUCCAUACUAUUGAAGAUAUGGAUGCCAUGCUGCAGUUCUUCCACGACAUCAGAGAACUUAUGCACUUCAAUCAACAAUUCCUCAAUAAAGUUAUUAUCCUCGAUGUUCAGUGGUUUGCAGAUGCCUUUAGAAAUGUCAUAACAGAUAAAAACCAUGCACAAGAAGAUUUAUUUAAUUUUGCCUCAGAAUGGGACAAAUUCAAUGAAACUGGAGAAUUAGAUGAAGCACUGCUAUCUGCUAUAUGGAGAAUGAACAACAAUGGUUACCUUGAACACAAAGAGGACAUCAUGAUGUACAUGGAGAAGUUAGGACUCUUAGCUAAAAUGAGCGAAAAAACAUGGUAUGUUCCGUGUAUGAACAUGAUGCAAUUUCCAGUGGACUGCUUCUCAUCAUACCCUGCCUCCUCCAUCCUUUGCUACACGUUUGAUGUUCUUCCUGUGGAAAUUUUCCACCGCCUUGUAGCAACAUGCAUGCAGAUUCCUUGGGAGAUUUUUUCAGAUGAAGAAAGAGGAUGCAUUUACAAGACUGCAGCUAUUUUAGUGUUUCAUGACCAGCACCAUAACAUUAUGCUCGGAAUGACUCAAACAGAAAUUCAGGUACAGGUGUUUGUUGUGGAGGGAGAAGUUGAUGUUUCAACCUGUCACCAGAUUAGAGAAAACAUUGAGCGUAUAUUACACAACCUCUCCAACACAUUCCAGAAAAACUCAGAUUUCCAGGUUGCAUUCAAAUGCAAAUCUACUGGUUUUUGUGACAGCAAAGAAAGCGCUGUCAUUAGUGAAUCAAAGUUCAUCAAAGACAUUUUUCUGUGUCCAUCUUGUCCAGCAAGCAAAAAACAUCGUAUCAUUAAAGAAGAUAUAACAAAAUAUUGGGAACAGACAAACCAGAGUAAUCCUGGAACUUCCACAGCUUCUGGACAAGAUCUAGAGGGUCGAUCCAGAUUUGCCAAACUUGGAAUGGCAACGAACGAUGUCUUAAAUCAGGCCUACAGAGAUAUUCUAAAGUCAGAAGUCCCUCCCUCUGAUAUUGAAAACAAGGUGAAUUCAUUAUCAAGCAAAGAAAGGAAGAAUUUGAAGUUGAAUCCAGAUCAAGAAGGUCUUUUGAAAAAAGCAAAAAAUACUGGAUAUAAGGAAUUCGAUAUUUCCUUUACAUACAAGAUGAUAAGAAACAUUUGUUUAACGAUCCCUAAACCAACAAAAGGAAAAUGGGGAGAAGAACCUGCUGCAGGUGAGGUGACAGUGGGUGACGAUAUCGAAAGAAUAAGGUUUAUACGAAAUAGAUUGGCGGCACACGUUAGCUCAGCUUCUACCCCUCAAAAGGAAUUUGACGACACCUGGUCAGUGAUGUCAGAUAUCUGUCAAAGAUUGGAAGCCUUCACUGGAAAGAAGUACUUUGCUGAACUUAAGGAUAUUAAAAUGCUGAAUUUGAAAAGGGAAGAUGAAGAAUCUAUUAUACAAAAGCUUUGCCUGGAACAUCACGAAAUGUUAAAGACUCUCAUGUCAGAUAUGCAAGAAGUCAAGUUAGAUGUAAAAGAUAUUAAAAAAGCAGUUAUGAAGCCAGAGAACACAGGUGCAAUGAACAAUGCAUAAGACCUACAGUGAAAAUCUUCAGUAAAUACAUGUAUGCAACUUCAAUGCUUAUCUCAGCGAAUUUCUCAUUGACAUCAUUGAUAUUUUGCAAUAUACACCGAAGUAGGCAUGAGAAUUGGCCAUCCAAGAAUGCUGUUGAAAUUUAAAGAUAAAUGUGAGGUUUUCGAAGCGUUGCCUUCUUUUUGCGGUAUGGGAAAUUCGUGGGUACAUAAAAAAAAUAAAUAAAAAGCUGGACAAUUUUGAAAUUUUCAGAAGAAAAUCUUCACCUAAAAUACAGGUUGUUUAUUCGUUUAUCAUUAUUUUUAUUUUUUUUAUUAUUUUAUAAUCAUUCAUUUUUUUUUUUUUUUUUUUUUUGGCUCAACAGAUUUCCUUAUGUUAACUAUUGCUAAAUAUCUUUAGUCCUUCGUCGUCAAUCAUGCAUCGGUUUUAAAGUUUUGAAUAUUUUCAGCUUCCUCUACCUUGCUGAACCAAUCUAAAAUUUGGCAUGUAGAUUUAAUACAAGAAGAGGUUCAAAAUUAUUAAUUUUAUGGUCCCUGUCCCUUCCCCUUCGGAACUUGGGAAUUAAGCUAGAACUCUCACUUUUUAAAUCUGAUUAUGUACUUUUGGAUAUCAAGCAGUCAAACAGUUAUUGUAAUUUUAAUAAGUAUUGAGCACGUAAUCAAAAUCGUGAAAUUCAUGGCCCAGGACUUUGGACUGAGGAUGACGCUCUUGUGAUGAUGUACAAACUGUAGUGAAAGUGCACAUAUGUUCUCAGUCGCUCUGCAUAUUAAGAAGAUAAGGUUAAUUUAUAAUGUGGAGCAUGUUUGCUUCCAUAUGUCUCCAUAUGAGUGAAAAAUUCUUUAAAGGGACGUUAAUAGGAACAGUCAAUCAAUCUAAACUUCGAUUGGCAACAAACGAUGGGUCUAAUUCAAGGAAUCAGAGAUAUACUGGAGAUGGAGGUUCUUCCUACCUUUGUUUAUAAUUAAGUAAAAGCAUCAACAAAUUCUCUCAUUGAUCUCAAAGAUUGACACAUUUGUUCCGCUAUUCCCAAACCAAGAAAAGAAAAUGGAGAGUGGAGCAUUCAACACAAAAAGAAACAGUGGGAGAUGAUAUCGAAAGAAUUGGGUCAAUUCAGAACAAUUGACGUGAACUCAGCCUCCACCCCUCAGACAGAAUUUGAAGACACCUGGUCAUUGAUGGCAGAUAUUUGCCAAAGUUGGAAAACUUUCACUCUAAAGACGUACUUGGAUAAACUUAAUAAAAUUAAGAAACGGACGUUAUAAGAAAGGAAACUGAUGAUGCUAUUAUUGAAAGGAUUAAAAUGGAAAAUCAGCAUGAAAUAAAAUGGCAAUAAUGUCUGAUUUGUAAGAUAUUAAAACAGAAGUAUUGAAGAUUGAAAGCAAUAAUGAAGCAAAUUGAGAGUAUUAUUUAUAGAGCGUAUGACUACAUGAAUGUGUAAAUCACUAAACUAGUCAUUAUUGAAUAGCAAGAAUUUUGUUUGUAGGAUUGGAUACUUAUAUGUGACUUGUAUAUUGAGAAGUUAAUCAAAUCUCCAGAAUUUUACACACUUUAAUAUAGUAAUAUUGUUAUCGUAAUUCUGGAACUACUGAUAUACAGAAAGGAUGCUACAAAUUAGGUGUAUUAAUCGUAAAACCUAUGGCUACAUGAAUGUGUACAUAUCGCUAAACUACUUAUCAUCGAGGAAACAGUACUUUUUGUAGGAUUUGCUACUUGUAUUGAGAAGGUAAUCACAACUUCCAGAAUUUUUACACACUUUAAUAUUUUAAUAUUGUUAUCAUAAUUCUGGAACUACUGAUAUACAGAAAGGAUGCUACGAAUUAGGAGUAUUACUCGUAAAACCUAUAACUACAUGAUUGUGUAUAUCACUAACCUAGUAAUUAUCGAAUAGCAAUAAUUUUGUUUUUAGGAUUGGAUACUUAUAUGUGACUUGUUUUGAAAAGUUAAUCAAAGCUCUAGAAUUUUACACAUUUUAAUAUUGUUGUCGGAAUUCUGGUGCCAAAGAUUCUAAUGAAUUUAUCCUUUCUUUACAAGAACCCAAAGAUAGAGAGAAAUUCGAGGAAAAGGGCAGAGGAAAGUCACAUUUCAAGAAAUAUCAGAAUGCAAAUAACCAUGCAUUUACGUAGUGUGUACUCAAUUAUUUUAGUAUGUUAAUGAACUGUAGAAGGAUUCGAUAUUUUUUUAUACCUUAAAUUGUGUCAUGAGGUCAUUGUAUUUUUCUUUGUAAAUGAUUUUACCAAAGCAAUGUUCGUUAUUUAAGCAAGAUUAUUCUUCCAUUAUGUGUACAUGUAAUACGACCUGUGUUAUUCUCAAGUUGUUGCGUUAAAGUUACUAGUACAGUGUAUAAUCAAAUACCUGUACAGUCACUUUCAGACUUGAUAACCCCAAACAAAAAAUACUACAGUAUUAAACUAAAGUUUAAUACUUUACUUAACUAUAGCAUCAAUGUAAGAGCUUUGAUAAACAUGAACUAUAGUGAAAACUUUGGAACUUUAAUUUACCACAAUAAAGAAAAAUUGAUUUAUAGCAGACAAAACUUUUAACAUUGAUAUUCUUUACUAAGAAAACUAAAACUUUGGUUUACUGUAGUAAAAACAAAUUAAAAUCAAUCCGGUACAAUUGUUCAUUAUAGUUACAAUAGUACAUGUAAACUUUAGUUUAUUAAAGAAUUUUUUUUAUUGAAAAAUGUUUUUAUGAAUACCAAGAUGAAAGAAUCUGGGGGGAUUAGGCGAGUCAUGUC